CAUUUGAAAAAAUGAAGCCAACGCCUUUUUUGUCUUCAUCAUGUGCUAGCUAGAAAUGGUAAACAUCUCCAAAUUAUGAAAUACUGGAAGCAAGGCCUGGUCCAUCCCUCAUACAUAGUCAAUUGCUCUGCUUAGUUUCGAUUCGAUCCAUAAAAAUUCCCAUUCUGUGCACCUCCCAUACCAACAACACGCAACGAUGAUUACCCGACUGUUCCUGCCAACUGCCGCCGUCCUCCUUUCAAGCGUUUCUUCUGUUACUGCGGCCUCUAGUUCAGGAGUUAACCUUUGCGCAGCAUAUGACAUCGUUGUCCCUAUGAUCACAGAUGGCGAAGAGGCUUGCAAGUGCGCUGGCCGAACGAUUGUUUGCGACUUUGAGGACAUUUGCGAAGGGACCGAUUGUGCUGAUCUCGGCAUGACAAUCGACUUUAGUGAUUCUGGAGAAGAGACAAUCUUUUAUGAUGUUACAUACGGUGCAGAUGUUGCUGCUGGCACCUCGGCUACUGUUCGCUUGCAUGUUGCGUCAAAAGUGGAAGCUGGUAUUGAAGAGUGCGAGGCCACUUUGGGAAACCCCGAUGAAACAACUUCCAACUGUAUGUGCACUCCGUGCGAAGGCGGCAGUGGCGUUGUCAUCAGUUGCAAUGGUGGAAGUGUCUCGACAAACGGUUGUUUCAAAGUGGACGUUUCAAAAUUUGAACGCUUUGUGCCGUUCUUGGGUGGCGAUGGUGGCACCAUUAUUGCAAGAGCAACGGAACUUCAACAAGAGGGGGCGGCCAGUGCUGCCGUCACCAGCAGCGCAGCAGGGACUACCGCUCUUCUUGCAGCAACAGCAGCCGCAAUGGUCCUGUAAAAAGCAAGUUUCCUUCAUUGCAAUGGACUGCAUCAUUCAAAGCACAAAUUACUGGAAUCUUCAUUGACACUGGCCUCGGGGUCUUCGGGCUUCUGUCAACCACUCUUGCUGUUGUUGUUGCCACUUGGUUUUGUUUCCCGCAAUUCAGAAAAGGACGGAGCGGAAAUAGUGCCUUUUGUAUGUACUUACCACUAGAGACUGCACCUUGAAUAGAAGAUCUAAACACUGUAAAGCGAAUUAGCCAAUAUCGAUGGAACGAUAACGAUACAGCUUGGAACUUGUCCCUACU